UUCGUGUCCAUUUCUUCCCCACUGGGCAAUUAACCAAUGAGAUACUUUUUUCUAUUAUCACAAAAGGUGUUUAACCCCACUUUUUCACAAACAUGACAUAACCUAAAAAAACUACCGGGUCGAUGUAAACACAACUUUUUUCCACCACAAAAUGAAAUUGAACGUCGAUGGUUUGAUUGUGUACUUCCCCUACGAUUACAUCUACCCGGAACAGUAUGCCUACAUGUGCGAACUCAAGCGAGCCCUGGACGCCAAGGGCCACUGUCUUCUGGAGAUGCCCUCGGGGACCGGUAAGACCACCACUAUCCUCUCCCUCGUCGUGGCAUACAUGCUGGAGCACCCCCAUGACGUCCGCAAACUGAUUUACUGCUCGCGCACUGUCCCCGAAAUCGAGAAGGUUAUGGAAGAGUUGAAAAAACUGCUCGAGUAUUACGAGAAGUUGGACGGGGAGUAUCCCCACCUCCUGGGGGUGGUGUUGUCUUCCCGGAAGAAUCUGUGCAUUCAUCCGGAAGUGAGUACUGAGCGAGAGGGCAAGAUUGUGGACGGGAAAUGCCACUCGUUGACGGCGAGUUACAUAAGGGAGAGACACAAUUACGACGAUACAACCCCCAUUUGUCAGUAUUACGAAGGUUUUGCUUUGGAUGGUAAAGAAAGUACCAUGCCGUUUGGGGUUUACAGCAUUGAUGAUUUGAAACAGUACGGAAGGGACCGCAAUUGGUGCCCCUAUUUCCUGUCCCGCUUUGUGAUCACGUACGCGAAUAUCGUCGUCUACAGUUACCACUAUUUACUGGACCCCAAAAUCGCCGAAGUUGUCUCCAAGGAGCUGACCCGCGAGUCGGUUGUCAUCUUCGACGAGGCCCAUAAUAUUGAUAAUGUCUGCAUUGACUCGAUGAGUGUAAAAAUCAAUAAACGCAUCAUUGAUCGAGCUUCCGCCAACAUACAAUUACUAGAACGCACUGUGGCUGAAAUGCGCGAAGACGACCAUAAAAAAUUGCAGGAGGAGUACCAGAGACUCGUCGAGGGGCUGCGCGACGCUAGCGUGGCGAGGGAGACCGACGUGAUUUUGGCCAAUCCGGUUUUGCCAGAUUCCAUCCUCCAGGAGGCCGUCCCUGGUAAUAUCCGUAAUGCCGAGCACUUUGUUAGUUUUCUGAAACGUUUCCUCGAGUAUCUCAAAACUCGCCUCAGAGUCCAGCAUGUGGUGCAAGAGAGCCCCGCUGGAUUUUUAAAAGACGUUCAAUCAAAAGUCUGUAUUGAACGAAAGCCGUUGCGGUUUUGUGCCGAACGAUUGGCAUCCCUGUUGAGAACUUUGGAAAUAUCCGACUUGACCGAUUUCAGUCCGGUUAUUUUAAUCACACAUUUGGCCACACUGGUGUCCACUUACACUAAGGGUUUUACCAUAAUUGUGGAGCCGUUUGAUGACAAGACACCAACAGUGUCCAACCCCAUCUUACAUUUCAGUUGUUUGGACUCGUCAAUUGCCAUAAAACCGGUUUUUGACCGGUUUCAAACCGUGGUUAUAACCUCCGGUACUCUGUCACCUCUGGAUAUGUACCCCAAAAUACUGAACUUCCAUCCUGUGAUCAUGUCAUCGUUUACAAUGACGUUGGCGCGCCCGUGUUUGCUACCAAUGAUCGUUUCAAAAGGCAACGACCAAGUAGCAAUUUCGUCAAAAUUUGAAACUCGCGAAGACAACGCUGUUAUCAGGAAUUACGGCCAACUUUUGGUGGAAAUUGCAGCCAAUGUUCCAGACGGAAUCGUCUGUUUUUUCACUUCUUAUUUAUACUUGGAGUCGGUGGUGGCCAGUUGGUACGACCAAGGGGUCAUCGACAGCCUCCAAAGAUACAAACUCCUCUUCAUCGAGACCCAGGACUCGGCUGAAACCAGCUUCGCCCUCAUGUACUACAUCAAAGCUUGCGAGUCGGGCCGAGGGGCCGUGCUUCUAUCCGUCGCGAGGGGCAAAGUCUCCGAAGGGGUCGACUUCGACCACCACCUCGGACGCGCUGUCCUCAUGUUCGGCAUCCCCUACGUGUACACCCAGAGCCGCAUCCUCAAAGCGCGUCUCGACUACCUCCGAGACCAAUUCCAAAUCCGCGAGAACGAUUUUCUCACUUUCGACGCGAUGAGACAUGCGGCGCAGUGUGUGGGGAGGGCUAUCAGAGGCAAGACCGAUUACGGUAUCAUGAUUUUCGCCGAUAAGAGGUUCUCGAGGUCGGAUAAGAGGUCAAAAUUGCCCAAGUGGAUUCAGGAGCAUUUGAAGGAUUCUCUUACGAAUUUAUCGACUGAGGAGGCGGUUCAGAUUGCCAAGCGGUGGUUGCGACAGAUGGCGCAGCCGUUCACCAGGGAGGACCAAUUGGGGGUGUCUUUGCUCACUUUGGAGCAAUUGCAGAACUUGGAGGCGAGCAAAAUACAAGAGCAGGCGCAGCAGAAUUGAUUUGUCCAUUAUUUUUCUAUAAAAUAAAUAAUAUAAAAUAAG